AUGAAUUCAGCGACUAGUCACUGUGGUAAUUGUAGUACUCUCUACAACUAGAUGGAGCAUCAUAUAGUGAUGCUACCUUGUGGAGAUUUUAUCUGUCUCACUUGUUUUUCCUUACUCUAUGAUCUAAGUUCAAACUUACUUACUUGUCCAUUUGAUAAGGAAGAAUUAGUCAUCCCGACUAAAUUGAGAGAAAAUGUUCAAAUUCUUAAAAUGAAAUCAAACACUUUGUGGGUCAGCUGCGACAAUCAUCAGGAAAACUAAGCCAAAUGCUUUUGCAAGUAGCACAAAUAGCUUGUAUGUCACGAAUGUGCACUUAUAAGUCACUCGGACCAUAAACAACUACUUUCAGACGUCAAAAUGAGCGAUGUAGAGAGUUACUUCAGUAAUGCACAAGAGAAAUUGGCAAAGUUUAAGUCAUAAAUUGAGGAAGUACAAGACUACAUUAACAUGUUUUAAAGAAGGGAGAAGAGCUUUUCAUCUUCUUAGUUCAUGAAGAUCAUUGACUAAGUCUAAGAUAUACUAUUACCUCAUCUCAAUGAAAAGGAGGAGAAAUAGUCUAUUAGCUUUAUGUCAGAUUCUGAGUAAAUUUCUUAGCCAAACUAGAGCUAAAAUCCCCUUUAGAUCAUUCAUCAGUAGCAGUCUCUCAUACAACCUCAAACUAGCAGUGCUUUAAACAGUCAAAGGUAGUCUCUUCAUCAAUAGUAAAUCGUAAAUACAAAUCAUUAGAGUUAAGGCAGAUAAACACCAACACCAAAGCAGUAGUUUCAACAGCCUAUGUUCUAACCACAACAGUAAAUGUUUCAGGAGUUUGAUUUUGUGAUGCAUCCAACAGGAUAACUUGAGGAGUAAACCAAGAAAAGGUUCAAGAUUGAAAACAGUGAACUUAAGUUACUCAAAGAUUGGAUAGCAGGUGGAGCAGAACUUUAAUUUGAGUUGCUAUACAGGGGAACAAGAGAUGGCUUCACCUCAAGUAUUUUUCACAGCAGAUGUGAUCAGUAGGCUCCAACUUUGACAUUCAUAGCCUCUGAUAAAGAUAAAGUAUUCGGUGGCUAUACCUCCAUUCCUUGGACACAAAGUCCCAAGUUAUAUCAAGACGACAAAGCCUUCAUCUUCUCUCUCACUAAUAAAACUAAGUUGAAGCCUUAUCAGAAUUUCUAGCAAGCAGUUAUCCAUGAUAAGAGUUAGUUGGUAUAUUUUGGAGCUGAUCUGAAGAUUUAAAAUGAGUGUAACAUUAACUAUGAUAGUGCUUCAUUCCUAGGCACAACCUAUGCCACACCAAAUAACCUCGUGCCCAAGAGUCCAGAGGCUACAAGUUUCCUUGCAGGUUCUCAGUACUUUAAGGUAAUUGAAAUUGAAGUGUAUAAAGUACAAGUUUAAUGA